GUGAUUCGGUGCGCAUACUCCCGCGCGUUCCCUUUGUGUUAUUUUCGGUCGGAAUCGCCACUCGAGCCUUUAAAUAGGACUGACUUUCCGACAAAGAAGCUAGUUUGAAACACCGAUUCUACAUGCUGCAGCAUCGCAGACUAUUCACCAUGCCCUCGGAAUGCAUCGCCAAUCCAUUGCAGCGCGAAUUAGCCGACGCCAUAAUCCGGUUGCAACCGCUGGACGAGAUCCGGAUUCUGCUGGCAUGCGGGGCGAAGGCGAACGAGCCGGUGACGCAGGGCCUUAGGCCGUUGCAUUACGCGGUGUGGCAGAGGUACACGGAGGCGGCCCAGCUUCUCCUGGUCCGCGGCGCGGACAUUGACGCCACCGACGAAUGCGGCUACUCGCCGCUGCACCUCGCCGCGGAGCACGGCUACAUGGACCUGGUGAAAAUGUUGCUUGAGCACGGUGCCAAAGUGGAUCAUCGGCAGGAAACGGGAGAGCUCUUUCCAAGGACAACGCUCUGCGACGAACCGUUGAGACUCGCGUUGAGAAAUCGACACGUCGAGGUAGCUAGAAUUUUACUGGAAGCCGGUGCUAAUCCGAAUAAAAGGUACUUCUUCGGGUCGGAGAUAAAUCUCGUCUCUCCACUAGACUUGCAAUGCAUGGAAUUGCUGUUAGCUUUUGGUGCCCAUCCGAACACGAGGGACCGCGCUGGACUUACUCCACUAAUGAAAGCAGUCAGGCUGCCUCAGGGUAUAACCGCGGUACUCCUUCUGCUGAGCUACGGCGCGGACGUAAACUCGAUGGCUGACGCUAGGCACGAUUACCGAACCGUUCUCCAUUACGCGAUUCUCGGCGGGGACCCGGCCGUGAUCGAACUUCUCUUGAAGCAAGGCGCUCGUCUCGAUCUCGGCCCGGAAUAUCAAAAACCUACGGCUCUCGAUUUAGCCAUUCUCAAGGGAGACCCCUCAAUCGUUAGGAUGUUGUUAGAAUCGGGCGCUGACGUGAACGCCACUUCGCCGAUCAUCGGCUCGCCGCUGCACGUAGCUUGCGCGGACAACAUCCCGAACAGACUGGAAAUCCUAUUGAUGCUGCUGGAACGAGGAGCGGACCCGAAUAUGGUAAUACGUAGCGACGAGGGUAUCGCGUUACGUCCCGUCCUCGCAGAGUACGUUGCCUCCAACGAGAAUCCCUCGGUGGAAGUGGUCGCCUUGUUGCUCAAGUACGGUGCACGGGUGGUGAUCAAGACGCAGUUCCGCGAUCCCCACGGUAUACUGAACUCCCUUCAAAACACGGCGGACAAGCCGCGACUACUGAAGGCGCUACUGGAAGCCGCGGAGAGCUUCGAUCCUUGCAUGAUACGAAGAUCGAGCAGCUUGACGGACGCACAGAAAGCGCUGGUAAUGGAAGCCGCGCGAACUCCCUUGCCCCUGACCCAUCAAGCCAGGUUAAUCGUACGCAAGGUAUGCGGCACCAAGUUACCGAAGAUCGUCCGCACGUUGCAGCUACCUCAAUCGCUGCAUCGCUACCUCCUUUACGACUUCCACUGAUCUCGCGACGACGGCUCCGCAUGCCGUAUUGAACUUCGGACGACUUCGUUGCGCUAUCCUAUCUGUGAACAACCCUAAGCAACGACUCUCAACGUAUAACGUCGCUGACGCUCGCUCGUACGUUUUUGUUAUACCUGAUUAACUGACACAAGGUGUCAAUCGUCGAAGCUACGAUUAUAUCUAAGCCGGUACGAACGCUGAUCGUAUCGUAGUCGAAGGUGUCGUACGUACAUUUUACAUGCGAUUUUACAUACCAUGUCCAAUGAAGCAAAAUAAACAGAGGAUUCUAUUACAAA